CCCAGCCAUGGGCAGAGCCCUGCCCCCACAGCAGGACACCGGGGAAAGGGAGCUUCUGCUUCAGGGCCCCCCCUGGAGAGCAGGGGGUCCUGCCACGCUGAGGGUCCUGAUCCUCGCCCUGCUCUGGAGGGGGUCCCUGUCCCAGCGGCCUGGAUUUACCCUGACGGUGCCGCAGUCGGUGUCGGUGCAGGAGGGUCUCUGCGUUCUCGUCCCCUGCACCUUCACGUACCCAGCCUCGUCUGACACCUACAAUUCCUGGCCUCGGCUCUACAGAUACUGGUACAAGGAUGCAGCUGAUGUGGGCCAUGAUUCGCCCGUGGCCAGCAAUGACUUCAGCCGGGGGGUGUCGAAGGAGACCCGGGGCCGGUUCCGGCUGACGGGGGAUCCAGCGCAUGGCGACUGCUCCCUGCAAAUCAGCGAUGCCCAACGGAUGGAUGUGGGGAAAUAUUUCUUUAGAUUUGAGAAAGGAACAUUGAAAUACAAAUACCUCUCCAAUUCCGAUGGCACUGAUGCAAAGCUCGCGAUCUCCGUGCCAGGGCUGACGGAGGAGCCAGAGAUCCAGAUCUCGCCGGCACGGGGGCUGCCAGGGACGCUGCUGGCCGGGGAGCCGGUGACUGUGACCUGCACGGCCCCUGGGCGCUGCUCCGGGCCCCCUCCCCGAGUCACCUGGACGGGGCCGUUCAGCGACACAGCCCGGGACGUCUCAGCCCAGCUGGCGAACGGCUCCUGGGCCCACAGCUCCGCGCUCAGCUUCACACCCGGCCUGGGGGACCACGGCAAAGAGUUCGUCUGCACCGUCACCUACAGGCCACCACGGGGACCUUCCACCCACAGAACCGUCCGGCUCCAUGUCGUCUGUGAGUGA